AUGAGUGCAGCAAUCUCCAUUUCCAAGGCUCGUGCAGAUGCAAUGCUUGUGGAGCUUUUGCAAGGUUUCAAAGCUGGAUCUUUCCAAAAGAAAGUGGAGCAGCUGGCAUCCAAAGUAGAGGGCAAUGUGCGACCGAAGGAGCUCAAAGACGUGCCCGGCUUGCCACGCUUGGCCAAGCGCGUCUACGCUGAGGUCUUCCAGCGCUAUGGCUUCAGUGGUGAUGAUUCUUUGCCAGCUGUGCUGGAUCCUGUGUUGAAGACUCAUCCACAGCUGAACAGCCAGGUCGAGGAGAUCUGGCAACUUUUGCGGCUCCCUGGUGGGCAGAAGGAUGGUAUUGAAUCGACCAGCGAGGAUGCCAUGGAUGCCAUGGAUCCAAGGGCUGAAAGGCAGUUGCUGAGACUGGGCAACACCGGAAAGGUCGCGAAGGAUGCAGAAAAAGCCAAGGAUGCUUUGUCGAAGAAGAUCUUGAAGCAGAUGAUUUGGUGGAAGGCAGCCCCGGAUGACAUGAAGAGGACCCCAGAAGAUGUGCAAAGGAAUGUCACGGUUGCAGAUGUAUGGACGUUGGAAGGCGAGCAUAUUCCGAGUUACAUGGUUCGAGGUGGAUUUCUUUCCCAUGUUGAGGAGUAUCAGGAUGCCAUGGCGGACAUUUUGUCCGUGGCUUCGGCCAAGCAGAAGCACGACCAGCUCAGCGAGAUCCAAGAAACGCUCGGCGCAGAGCUGUCGGAGCUGUCGAAGCUAUCGGAGCUGAAGCAGGUGGACGAGCCGAAAACGCACAGUUCAGCUCCCUGGCUGGCGCUGCUGCUAAUUCUCCUGGUCUUUGCCAUCAUGGGAUUGGCCGUGUGGCGCCUGAGCCGACCAACGCCGAAAAAAACGAAACGAAAGGAGAAAGGUGAGAAGGCCGCGUAG